GAUCUAUCGACAAAAUGGAGAUGAAAUUCGCCAUGGGUCAGCUGGGCAUCAACGUCAGUCAGGAGGAGUUUGAGGAGAUCUUUGCAACUAUGGAUCGCAAUGGCGAUGGGUCGAUAGACUUUGAGGAGUACGUAGCGGUGAUGAGCGGUUACAUGGGCGAGCAGAACAUGCACCAGGACCUCAUUGCCAUGUACCAGCUCUUCUCUGAUAAGAGAACGGGCAAGAUAUCGCAGCGCACUUUGAAGAGAGGCAUGUUGGACCUCGGGAUUGUCUUCUCGGAUGACGAGAUCAGGGGCAUGUUCUACAGUGCUGACGUGGAUGGCAACGGGGAGAUUGACAUAGAUGAGUUUUCUCGCAUUGCUGAGGUGGCAGGGAUAUGCUGA